AUGAAUCGCACAAUUGGUCUUCUCGGCGGUGGCCAGCUUGGCCAAAUGCUUUGCGAAGCUGCCAAUCCGCUGGGGAUCAACGUCGUGGUCCUCGACCAGGAAAACAGCCCUGCCAAGCGAGUUACUGCGGGGUCUCAUAUCAAUGGGUCGUUCACCGAUCCAGAAAAAAUCAGAGAACUUGCCAAGCGUGUCGAACUCCUCACAGUCGAAAUUGAACACGUGGAUACAGAGGUAUUGGAGGAAUUGGCCAACGAGGGCGUUGAAAUCCAGCCAAGCUGGAAAACGAUUCGGACGAUCCAGGACAAGUUCCUGCAGAAAUCACAUUUGGAGAAGAAUGGCGUUUCAACGGCGGUAUCGAAGGAAGUUGUGGCGGACGAGGCUGGAUUACAGGAAAUCGGGAAGGAAUUGGGAUUCCCCUUCAUGCUGAAAUCUCGGAAGGAUGCGUAUGAUGGCAGAGGAAAUUUUCCAGUCAAGUCACCGGCGGAUAUCAAGGAGGCUCUGGAAACGUUGAAGAACAGAGCAUUGUAUGCGGAGAAGUGGGCGAAUUUUCGAAUGGAGCUUGCGGUGAUGGUUGUCAAAACCGAGGAUGCGACAUCGACGGAAUCGAUUGGGACAAUCGCGUACCCCGCUGUCGAGACGAUACACGAGGAUAGUGUUUGCAAACUGGUCUAUCUACCGCCACGGGGAAUCCCAAUAAAAAUUCAGAAACAGGCACAGGAUUUGGCGAGAAAGGCGGUUGGAUCGCUGUGGGGGAAAGGAGUAUUUGGGGUUGAACUUUUCUUGAUGCAUGAUGGCAAGCUUGUUGUCAAUGAGAUUGCCCCAAGACCACACAACUCAGGUCAUUACACAAUCGAGGCUUGCCCAACAAUGUCACAAUACAAAUCGCAGCUUCUCUCAAUUCUCGGAAACAUGCCAAAUUUCGCCAAUUCCGUCAUUCCAUCAGUGAUUCCAGCUGCUAUAAUGCUCAAUAUCCUUGGUGGCCGCGAAGAAACCUCCCAUAAUGAGAUUAUGGAGCGAGCCAUCGCAAUACCUAACGCAUCGCUGCAUAUGUAUGGCAAACAGUCAAAGCCAGGCCGAAAAAUUGGGCACAUCACCGUUGUGGCAUCUUCAAUAUCCGAGGCAGAAUCGUUAAUGUCUCCGCUCAUUACACUCGCCGGAAAUAUGCAUGCAGAGCGUAAAGGUCACGACCUCAAUUCCGUUCCCCAGCAUCAAAUCAUACCUUCGCCAUCUCACCCUCUCGUCGCCGUUACAAUGGGCUCCGAUUCCGAUCUUGCAGUGUUGAAACCCGGUCUCGCGCUUCUUCAGUCUUUAGAUAUCCCUUUUCAUUGCACAAUCACUUCCGCGCAUCGCACACCACAGCGCAUGAUGGAUUUCGCUUCUUCCGCCGUAGACAAUGGGUUCAAAGUCAUCAUUGCGGCUGCGGGUGGGGCUGCUCACCUACCGGGGAUGGUUGCUGCUUGUACGCCAUUGCCAGUAAUCGGAGUGCCAGUCAAAGGUAGUAGUCUGGAUGGUAUGGACAGUCUGUUGAGCAUAGUGCAGAUGCCUCGUGGAGUUCCUGUUGCCACUGUUUCAAUCAAUAACAGUAUCAACGCUGCGUUGUUGGCUGCCCGGAUACUUGGGGCUAGUGAUGAAACAAUUCGGUUUAAGGUUGAGAAGUAUGCGGCAGAUAGCCAGGAGGAGGUUCUCGGCAAGGCAGAUAGGUUAGAGGAGAUUGGUUUUGCUAAGUAUCUAGAAAAGAAGUAG